AUGCUGGAUGGCCAGCUCUUCUCCGAGGGGCCCGACAGCCCCCGGGAGUUCCAGGAUGAGGACUCUGGCAGCUGCCUCUGGGUGCAGAAGUCCAAGCUGCUGGUGAUCGAAGUGAAGACCAUCUCCUGUCAUUACAGCCGCCGCGCCCCUCCUCGACAGCCCAUGGACUUCCAGCCCGGCCACUGGGCCCGCGCGACCCAGAGCCGCACGUGUGGGCCGCCCCCGGGAUCCCCCGAGCCGCCGCCCCGCCGGUCCUGGGCCUCCAGGGUGCUGCAGGAGGCGACCAACUGGCGGGUGGGGCCCGCCGAGGCCCGAGUCCGGGAGCAGGAGAAAAGGAAGGCGGCGUCGCAGGAGCGGGAGGCCAAAGAGACGGAGAGAAAAAGGCGCAAGGCUGCUGCCCGAAGGAGCCCCCCGGGUUGGGCCGGCCCGGAGCCCCGGAGCGCCCCUCGGGCGGCGCCCGCCGCGGGACUCCCCGCUCUCGCCCGGCCGCCGCGCCUCGGGCUGGUGGGGCGCCCCGCGCGUCCGGGCGCGCAGCCGCAGGGCGACCCGGGGGCGGCGUGGGCGGGGCCCUGGGCAGGUCGGCGCGCAGGGCCCCCCAGCUACGAGGCUCACCUGCUGCUGAGAGGCGCCGCCGGGAUGGCCCCGCGACGCCGCUGGGACCGGCCGCCGCCCUACGUGGCUCCGCCUUCCUACGAGGGCCCGCACCGGACUUUGGGGGCCAAGCGAGGCCCCGAGCCCCGCCAGGCGCCCCCCUCGCCGGCCCCGGCGCUGGCUCCGGCCAGGACAGAGGGAGGGGGCGCGAAGAAGAGGCUGGACCCUCGAAUCUACCGGGACGUCCUCGGGGCUUGGGGUCUUCGCCCCGGCCGGGGUCUCCUGGGGGGAUCCUCAGGCUGCGGGACGGUGAGGGCGAAGCUUGGCCGCGGCCAGGCGGCGGCGGAGGAAACCGGGCCGGCUGCGGCGGGCGGGAGCGGCGGCAGCGACGGGCCCCCCCAGGCCACGGCUGCGGGGCGCCCGGCCUCGGAGACGGCGCCUGCGGGGCUCGCGGCGGCGGCUCCCGGCCUCCCGCGCCCGGCCCCGAGGUCCAGGCCCCCCGCCAAGAGCUCGGGGGACGGGAAAGAAGGUAGAGAACAGAACUGGCCCCCCAAAUGCUGGAUUCCCUCCAUUAAAAAGCAGCCACCCCAACAUAGCCAGACCCUUCCCAGACCCUGGGCUCCCGGGGGGACGGGCUGGAGAGAGGCGCUGGGGGUCGGGCCGGAGACCGCGGGGAGCUGGACGGCGGCCCGCCGCGCGCACACGCUGCCCCGCAGCUCCCGCGGCCCCGCGGGCGCCGGCGGCGUCUUCGUCAUCGACGCCACGCGCGCGGCGGUCCGGGCCCGGUACGUGGCGGCCCCGCGAGCCCGGCAGGGGCAGCUCGCGCCCGGGGCGCCGCGCGGGGAGGGGGAGGCCCCGGGCCCGCCCCAGCCCCGCGCGCAGGAGGGCGAGCGCGCGCCGGGUCCUCCCCGCGCCAGAAGCCGCCGCCGCGCGGCCGCGCGCCCCCAGCCCGGCGGGGGCCGCGAAGUCGAAGCCGAGGGCGGGAAGCCGGGGGACCCCUCCGGGGCGGAGCGCGCCGCGGGUGUGCCGGGGCUCCGGGCCGGCGAGGCGAGGCUGCAGAAAGGCCCCGCGCGGCCGGGGAGCCCCGCGCGCUCGGCCGAGGGCCCGGCGGCUCCGGGAGGCUCGGGCGAGGCCGCGGGCUGCGGGGCGGGGGCCGCAGGGCCGAGGCGCGCGGGGCGGGCGGCCGCCGGCCCCGGGCCCUACGCGGGCGCCCUGCGCGAGGCCGUGUCCCGCAUCCGCCGCCACACGGCCCCGGACUCGGACUCGGACGAGGCUGCGGAGCGCAGCGCCCACAGCGGCUCCUCGGAUGGCAGCGACACGGAGGCCUCGGGCGCCUCCUGGCGGACACGGCGGCCCCCGCCCGGGCCUGGGGACGCCCCGCGGCCCGCGCCGGCCGGGAAGACCGCGGAGCGGGGCGAGGACACCCGCGAGAUCCUGGGGGUCAUCGGCCAGACCGACGAGGCCCUUUUGAGGGCGAGGGACAUUAAGGGGACCCCGCAGCGAAGCAGAGAGUGGCAGUGACAGCCCUUUCUUGUAUUUAUGCCCCUGACCUGGCCACCGCCGGGCCUGCGGGGCCCCUUCCUUCCUUCUAGACUCCCCGUGGCCCCUCCAUACCUGUGCCCGUCCACGCAGCAGGAGCCGCCCGAGCGCAAGGAAGGGAGAGGUGAGGGUGAGCAGCAGCCGCUAUGCCGGCUCCAUCCAGACCACACCUGCAGGGUCGUCAGCAGGAGCCAGGCACUAGGUGAGCAGGUGAGCAGAGCGGCCGGGCCGGGGCGGGUGGCAGAGUCUGGGCAGGGAAACCUCAGAGCAGGAGAGGGACAGCGAUGGAGGAACUUAGGGCUAGAGUGAGCAGGUGCCAGGCUCUGGGCAGAAGAGGAAGAGGUCCGGACAGAUCAGCGGGCGCCUCCUGACUGUGCUGCCACAAGUCUGGGGUUCCAGGCCCAGCUCUGACGCUGAGUUGCUGGGUGGCCUUGGCAAGUCACUUCCUCUCUCCAGGCAUCCUCGCGAGGAAAACGAGGGCGUUGCAAGGUGCAUUCUUGACCUUUGGGGUGUCGUGGGGGAGGCAUCUAGCUCUUCCUCCCCUCCACAAGCCAAGAGAGUUCGGAGUCACUGGACAGAGCCUGAGCGCCCCUGGGGGGCUCCUUGUCACCCUCCUUCUCAACCAAGACAAGGUUUAGAGUUUGCAGAAGUGAGCGGGAGGGUCAGGGCCCCUACCCCAGUCUCUCCGGCUUAGGUGAAGCCGAGGCAGGGCAGGGCGGCGGCCUCGUCACUGUCCCUGGCCGCGCGUCCCAGCUGCAGAGGGAAGGCAACCAAUGAACCAGCUCGGGACCUUUUGAGGCCUCGCCCCUGCCCCCGCCCCAGUGUCCUCUAGUGAGCCUCUGGAUCGUCACCGCGAUCUCCCACCUAGGCGGUAUCCCGCGCCCGAAAAACUCCUGGGAAUUUUUUAUAUUUCUCCCUCUUACAGAAACCUGCCGGGGAAGGAAGAGGGAGGUCGAUACCCCAAAAUGUGUAGGUGCGGGGGUGUGAUACUCUCUGUAGCCACUACGGGGCGCGCGCAGGUCGCGGUUCCCCCGGAGUUUCCACCACCGCCCCCCCCCC